AUGGAUGGACCUGAAGAGAAAGAUUCCUGUUCCACUGCGACACCUGCGGUCAGCACGCGUUCAAAGAAAAACAAAAAGCAGCGACUGGAUAACGUUAACACUAAACCAACGCUGUCAACAGAGAAACGUGAUAAUACUUCUUCUGGCCUUGCCCCUACUGCAACUGUGCUUCUUAAUAAGGAGAGACAGGAAGUUGCUUUUCUUAAGGAGAAACUGGAGUGGCAAAAGAUGAGGAUUGAAGAACUGGAAGGAGAGAGGGAUUUCCUCCGAAGUCAGCUAUCAUCUCUGUCAACGCAACCUAAAGACGAACCAUUAAAUGAUACGUUUAUCAACAAUCCUUCUGAAAACUUGGAUUCAUCUCCUACAUCUUCAUCUGCAUCAUCUGAGUGGUCAUCCUCAUCCUCAUCUUCACCCCCAAAGAAGCAAAAACGCAAAUUCAAAAACAAGCAUUCAAAAGCCAAGAAAUACAAGAAGGAGGAAAAGAAGUUCCGGCAGCGUGUCCGAACACCAAGUGAGAUUGUGCAGAGAUACAAGUCCCUCAAGACAUUUCCAAAGAUGAAGACCUUGUCCAAAGCUUUUCAGAAGCAUGGGAUUGACAGAAACACAGUUGUGUCCACAGCAUCAGUUGCUGAGCUCGCUAUCGCAGCUCCUCUUGUUUACCAGGAGCUGAUCUCCAACAAGCCCAGUGGAGAGACGGUACUCCAUUUUGCUAAGCGAUGUGAGGAAGAGAUUCAAAGCAAUGAUGAAGUGAAAAACAAAAUAGAAAGCAUGAAGGCUGAUGGUACUUUGCUUCCAAUUCGAAGAGGCAAGUCUGUCUGA